GGGCGCGGGGCGGAGGGGCUCUCGUGCCGUGCGCUCGAGCGAGGGCGCUGCCCGCCGGGCCUCUGUUUCCCGUCGCUUCCGCAGCCGAGCAUGGCCCUCGCCGGGCGCCGCAGACGCUACCGCGCAGCCCCGCUGUUGGCCUGAGGGGGGCCGGUCGGGCACGGGGCUCCCACGACCCCAGGCCCCGGUGCGUGACCGCCCGUCCCUCUCGCAGAGCCGCCAGCGCAGGCCGGGAUGUUCGUCCUGGUGGAGAUGGUGGACACCGUGCGGAUCCCCCCCUGGCAGUUUGAGAGGAAGCUCAACGACUCCAUCGCCGAGGAGCUGAACAAGAAGCUGGCCAACAAGGUGGUGUACAACGUGGGACUCUGCAUCUGCCUCUUCGACAUCACCAAGCUGGAGGACGCCUACGUGUUUCCAGGCGACGGCGCCUCGCACACCAAAGUGCAUUUUCGCUAUGUGGUCUUCCAUCCCUUCCUGGACGAGAUUCUGAUCGGGACGAUCAAAGGCUGCAGCCCGGAGGGAGUGCACGUCUCUCUCGGCUUCUUCGAUGACAUUCUCAUCCCCCCAGAGUCACUGCAGCAGCCAGCCAAAUUUGAUGAAGCCGAGCAGGUGUGGGUGUGGGAGUACGAGACAGAGGAAGGAGCACACGACCUGUACAUGGACACUGGCGAGGAGAUCCGCUUCCGGGUGGUGGACGAGAGCUUUGUGGACACGUCUCCCACGGGGCCCAGCUCGGCCGAGGCCACCUCUUCCAGCGAGGAGCUGCCCAAGAAGGAGGCUCCGUACACACUGGUGGGGUCCAUCAGUGAGCCGGGCCUGGGCCUCCUCUCCUGGUGGACCAGCAAUUAGCCCUGGGGCUCAGCAGCAGACCCCGCCUCUACUCGGACUGUGGUGCAGCCCACCGUUGGGGACGGAGUGCCCAGGAGACGCUGAAGAGAAGAGUGUUGCCUGGAGCCGGGGGUGGGGGCUCGGAGUGCCGCCGGCCUGUCCCCUCCUGGAGCUGCCCCACGGACUUCUCACUAAUAAACAAGACCAGAGGUGA